GUCACAAGUUUCUUGUGGGUCGUUCUCAUAUAACCCUCUACCGUCCUGGGUCAAGCGGUUGCCUAGCAACGCGACAGCGACUCUGUUUCCUAGUAUGCUAAGCUAAUAUUUAAACUUGUGUUUGCGUCGUUUUAAACGUCUGUGAACGCGUUUGCUUUUAUAAAAUGGAGUUGCCGCUUCAAGAGUAUGAAAUAGAAAACUUACUGUUAUGGCUGGACAAGAUUCCGCUGUCCAGACCAAAGAGAAACUUGAGGAGGGACUUCAGCGAUGGAGUAUUGAUGGCUGAGGUGGUUAAACAUUUUUUCCCUAAGUAUGUUGAGCUGAACAGCCUGGUGGUUUCCUCCAACUCUAAAGCUGGAAAGAUGGGGAACUGGAACCUCCUCAACAGGAAAGUGUUUCCAAAGCUGGAUUUUCAUGUCCCUGAGGGAAUGUUGAGCAGGAUUGUGUUGAGCUCUCCUGGUGCGAUCGAGCCAGUUCUGAAAACUCUCAGGGAGAAAAUAGAAAAAAAACUAGCUGACAUCGAAAGUAAAAAACUAAGUUUGGAAGUGUUGGACACCAGAAACCUGGAACUGACU